AUGGUGGCUAUCAGCAGGUGCUGCCAUGUGUGCAUAGAGCAACCAAGAUCUUCUUUGAUGCCUAAAUUUCCGUUCUUCGUAAAGUUGGCGUUGAAGCUUCGCAAGCUCUUUGCAAUCGAAUGGAUGCACCAGAACUUUUGGAUGGGUACCUAUGGGAGUGCAACCAGCAAACCAUCGACACUUUUUGGCACCGCGCCUUGGAUUCCGAAGGUGUACCGCAAGAUGACUUCGGAGAAGCUCCGGAAAUUGAAACGCAAGCUUAAAUUCCGGAAGUUUCAAAUGGUGAAGCACUACGUAGACAAACGUGGUGAAAUGAAAGUGCAAGGUGGUCGUGACAUGACAAAAUCAUCGCAGUACCCAAAGCGAUAUGGACAAAAAGUACAGUCAGAACAUGCAAUGCAUAUGGCCGCCUGUGAUAACUCUCUGCAAACGAAGAUCCACAGCUUUGCAAAGGUGCCAAUCGUGCAGGUUCAGCCUCGACAAGAUGCUGCACUCUUUGAUAUGGCUCAGUUGGAACCCCUGCGUGAAUUUCUCUUAGCAGAAGUGCGGGAGGGGCGUUUCCGACCAAAAUCAUCGGUCGGGUUGUGA